AUGGCAUCAUUGCUUACACUGGUGGAGGAUGUGUUUUCUGAGGAGGACAAUAAAGAGCAAGUCCUGCGGCCGCCUUUCUGGUCUCCUGCAGAGGAUCUGGAUCGGGACGGUGUUCACACACCCUGGCCUGAUGCCUUUGAAGAGUGGUUACUGAUGCAGGAAGAGGAAAUCCAGCAGGGCAGAUGGCGCCGCUCCCCCCGUGACCCAAAUUCACCCAGAUCGUCCAGGAGGAACCGCAAGAAGACCAAGAGCAGCCGCGACUGCCAUCUGGAGAAGAAAGAGAUGCGGGUACGGGAUCUUGGUCUCGGCUAUGACUCAGACGAGAUAGUCCUCUUCAAGUAUUGUGUUGGCACGUGCCACAGCUCUCGUAAGAACUAUGACCUGGCCCUCAAGAUUCUGAUGGACAAUGGGAGCAUCUCUGGCAAAAAGGUCAGCAGUCACCCCUGCUGUCGGCCGACCCGCUAUGAAACUGUGUCCUUCAUGGACACCCAGACUACAUGGCAGACAAUCAAGUGGCUCUCGGCAGCCAACUGCAGCUGUGUAGGCUGA